AUGCUGGGGCCGCUGUGCCUGGGGCGGGGCCUAAGUCUGGAGCAAAGCGCGGGACUGACGAAAGUAACUGCUCGCGGGAUUGUCGCGCCCUGGACCUAGCAGAGCGCGCCGGCUUCCGAGGAGAGCGAAAAUUAAAAAGGUCCUCGACAUUACAAGUAGACUAGAGGGAAGUGAAAAAAAUCUGAAGAUGAAGGUAUUUCAGACCAUCUGCAGGCGGCUUAAAAGUUCAAAGGGGUUUUCUGUAGAACCAGCCCCCCGUGUGGUCUUCUCCACUUCCUCUUAUUUGUGUGGCCGGAAGAAAAAAGUGAACCCCUAUGAAGAAGUGGACCAAGAAAAGUACUCUGAUUUAGUAAGGUCUGUCUUGUCAUUCAGAGGCCAUGCUCAGGCGCCACAGUCUUUGUUUGAGGAAGAUGCUUUACUCUACGGACCUGUGAGGAAGUGUAAGGCCCCAAAGCAAGAAGAAGCAGGAGUUCCACGAAACUGGUGUCCUCUCUUCAAUCCAGAGAAAAGCGGAAAACCAAAUGCAACAAGUGAUCCUACAAUUCCUUUGAAAAUCCCUUUGCAAAGGAAUACGAUACCAAGUGUGACCCGAAUCCUUCAGCAGACCAUGACCUCAGAACAGAUUUCCUGUUUGGAGAGGUGGAAACGUCGGAUGAUUCUGGAACUGGGAGAGGAUGGCUUUGCAGAAUAUACUUCAAACAUGUUUUUACAAGGGAAACGGUUUCAUGAAGCCUUGGAAAGCAUACUGUCACCCCAGAGGAACUUAAAAGAGCCUGAUGAAAAUCUCCUCAAAUCUGGCUACAUCCAAAGUAUCCAGCAUGUUCUGAGAGAUGUCAGUGGAGUGCAGGCUCUGGAAAGCGCUGUUAAACAUGAGACCCUAAAGUAUGUAGGUCUGCUGGACUGUGUAGCUGAUUAUCAGGGCAAGCUGUGUGUGAUUGAUUGGAAGACAUCAGAGAAGCGAAAGCCUUUCAUCCAAAAUACAUUUGACAACCCGCUGCAAGUCGUGGCGUAUGUUGGUGCCAUAAACCAUGACAUCAACUACAGCUUUCAGGUUCAGUGCGGCUUGAUCGUGGUUGCCUACAAAGACGGGUCCCCUGCCCACCCACAUUUCAUGGACGCAGAGCUCUGCUCCCAGUACUGGGCAAAGUGGCUUCUUCGACUAGAAGAAUAUACAAAGAAGGAAAAGAACCAGAAUAUUCAGAAACUAGAUUAAAGGGCAGGAAGCUGUGUGGGAACGUUCAGGGCUUUCUCAGAGUUUGGGAACAUGUAUCGCUGUUGCCUGUGAUCUGGAACGAGGUGCCACAGGGUCUGAGAGCUGCAGUAACACAAGCAGAACUAGUAAUUUGUUGAAAUUUAUUGCAACCAAAAAGGCAAAGCCAGAAAAGUUAAAUUUAAAGAGCUGGACUUUAGCACAUAAAAGACCAGCUCUGCUACCUCUGACUAGCAUUUACCCGAAAAAAAGGCAAGCAACACUGGCACAAUGUUGGCGGCUCUUGGACCCCCAUAGACCUUUCUGUGUCCCAGGCAGGGCGCCCAGUCUUUGAACUGAGAGAUUCAGGGCGGUGAGGCUUGGUGUGCCAAGCAUUUCCCCUGGGUAUGCCGGGGGGGGGAGGGCUGUGCGCACCCCUAGGGUAUGUGUGCAGUGAGAAUUUGUAUCAGCCAACUACUGCUGCCAGUGCCGGCUCCUAAAACUUGUUUUAUGUAUGUGGUUCCCUGUAUUUAAUUUGGGGGAAAAAGCUUCCAUUUGACAUUUUUGAAAAAUAAACAUGAUUCCUUAGCCUCAAGUAGACAUUGCUCUCUGGACAGAUGGAGCACACUCACAUUAUCGUGGGCAAUGCCCCUUGACAUCCCACCAAAUAACCCUCAGAAGCAGCCAGGCUCCAGUCUGAGAAUCGUAAUUGUAGGUAUUUUGGUAGCUAGCUUCUGGUUUGAGUCAAGGGAUUGUGUACAUGUAGAAAAUGUAUUGUUUGUGGAAUUUUCCAGCUAUGGGAAACAAUAAUAACAUGUAAUUUUUUCCUAUGUUUAAUAAGUAAUAAAACUGACUAGUUGCCCCUGGGUUCGGGAGACUUAAUAAACGCCCACUACAGCCCUGGGGGAAGGCUCCCUGUUUUAUGGAGUAGAUUAGCAUUUAAGUUACAGUUGCUGUCUUAAAAUAGUAGGGUGCUACAAACACUUUUUUCCUUCGUUAGCCAUUAAUUAUAAGAAAUAAAAUAUAAGAUGUGAUUAAGGAA